AUGAGUACAUUGCUCAUGGUGCAGUACCUGAAGUCUGUGGAUAUCCCCAAGAGCAGGGUUAUUCUCAUCACUCCACCCCCUCUGUGGGAGACAGCGUGGGAAAAGGAAUGCCACAUGCAAGGCUGCAAAUUAAACAUCUUGAAUGUUGUAGUUGGUGAAUAUGCCAGUGCUUGUUUACAAGUAGCCCAAGACUGUGGGACUAACGCACUUGACCUGUGGACCAUGAUGCAGAAAGAUGGUCAGGACUUCUCAUCCUAUUUGUCAGAUGGACUACACUUAUCACCAAAGGGAAAUGAGUUUUUGUUCUCAUAUCUUUGGCCUUUGAUAGAGAAAAAUGAUUCUUCUCUGCCUUUGCUGCUCUCUUACUGGCGUGACUUAGCAGAAACAAAACCAGAACUCAGUCUUCUGGGAGAUAGAGACGAUUAGUCACAGAAAACCAAGUCUGACUAUUAAUCUACACACAAAGAUGCCAGUCAAGUUUACUCUCAAACUCACUCUGAACAAAGCCCACUAACAUUCGAUACCAAGAUUAACAAAAGCAUUGUGCUCAGGGAAGCUGUUUACCUAUGUAUGUUAUAUUGUGAUAUUAAACAUUUAUUCACGGAAAA